AGCACCAGACCUUUAUAUAAUCACUCUUCGCCCACUUCCCUCUCCCUCCCUUCCACUCUGUUCUCCUUUAUUUAAGAUUCUCCCUCUGGCUGCAGUGAAUAGUCUCUCCCUGGAGCUCUGUAAAGUUGCCAGGAAAGGCGGGGCCUUAACCUCUGUUCUACACAGAGCAAGCGCAGCAGAGUACAUAAAAUCAACAGCCAACGUAAGAUCAAGGCAAGGAGGCAGAUUCCUGCUGUUGUUCUUUGGUGGAAUCUACUCACUUCUUUUGAACAUUCUACAGGAAGCUAGGGAGAAUGUCCAGUACUGCAGUUGCUGUGGUGACCGGGUCCAACAAAGGCAUUGGGCUGGCCAUAGUGCGGGCUCUAUGCAAGCAGUUCUCUGGGGAUGUGUACCUGACAUCCCGGGACAUCGAACGAGGCAAGGCGGCUGUGUCUGAGCUCCAGAAAGAAGGCCUGAAGCCCCUCUUCCACCAGCUGGAUAUCAAUGAUCUCCAGAGUAUUCGAGCCCUUCGUGAUUUCCUGAAGGAAAAGUAUGGUGGCUUGAAUGUGCUAAUUAACAAUGCAGGGAUUGCAUUCAAAGUGGCAGACACUACUCCAUUUCAUACGCAAGCAGAAGUGACCAUGGAAACAAACUUCUUUGCUACCAGAAAUAUAUGUAAUGAGUUGUUACCGCUUAUAAAACCAAAAGGAAGGGUAGUGAACGUCUCUAGUGUCGUAAGUAUUCGGGCACUUUCCAAAUGUAGCCAAGACUUGCAAAAGAAAUUCCGGAGUGACACAAUCACUGAAGAAGAGCUAGUGAAACUCAUGGAAAAAUUUGUAGAAGAUACCAAGAAAGGAGUAUAUGAAAAGGAGGGCUGGCCCAAUAGUGCUUAUGGCGUGACCAAAAUCGGUGUGACGGUUUUGUCCAGAAUUCAAGCAAGGGUGCUGAAUGAGACACGGAAAGGCGAUGGUAUCCUGCUGAAUGCCUGUUGUCCUGGAUGGGUCAGGACUGACAUGGCAGGUCCCCAAGCCACCAAAUCGCCUGAAGAGGGAGCAGAGACUCCAGUUUAUUUGGCUCUUUUGCCUCCUGGUGCUGAUGGGCCUCAUGGCCAGUUUGUCAGUGACAAAACAGUGCAGACUUGGUGAGCUUGCUCCUUAGAUAACUGGGUUUAUCUGCCAAGCUAAGUUGGACCUUCUAUCUUUAUUGAAUAUAGAAGGUCCAACUAGUGAUUUGAAGCUUUUGCUUUUAACUGUUUGCUGAUUAACCAGUUACAAUCUAUACAGUGCCAUUUUAAACACCAUGCUGCUAUACACAAUUUUAUACAUAGCAGGAGGUGUUGUGUUAACCUGUCUCAUGCAUACUAUCUCUAGUUGUAAUGUUCAUGCUGUUUGUCAUUAUGUCUCUUUCUCUGAUUCUCCCCUACUAAUUGAUAACUUCUGGAAUUUAAUUAUUUAAAGAAUCUACAUGGCUUAUACUAGAUUUAUAGGGACUCUCUGUCAUUAUUCAAUGUGAAGUGUAAUGUAGCUGUAGCUAUGCUGUUAAAAAAUAAUAAAGGCCUGCUGGAUAAAUCUACAUCUAUUAUUAUACAUCCUCACUCAACCAUUUCCAACUUUUUUACAUCCUAUAAUUAUGUGCAUCAGUUUCUUUAAUUAAUAAUAAAAAUCUGGUCAAUA